AAAAAGCAGUUCUAGCAACUAUAGUUCGUGAGGACGCACCAUGCUUCGUGUACUCUGUCUCGCUCUAGCCUUGCAGGCCGUAUUAGGGGGCAACCUGGUACAAGUGUUACAGUCCGAAGGAGAGUCCACGCUGGUCAGCCUAGUACAGAAAGCAGGCCUAGCUGAUGCUUUAGGACAAGGAACUUUUACCAUUUUCGCUCCGACCAAUGCUGCCUUCGCUAAGCUGCCGGCAGAUCUUCUUGCCUCCCUCAGCAAUGACGUCGAUGCUCUCGCCAAUGUUUUGAAAUAUCACGUGGUUCAGGGAUCUAUCCGGAAACAGGACGCUUCCAACGAAGCCCAACUUGAUACAUUGGCUGGCAAAAAAAUCAGGCUCAACAUCUACAGUCAUAACAAUGAAGUUACAGUGGAAGGGUCCAAGAUAACUGACUUUGACCUUCGAGCGGACAAUGGAUACGUCCACAUCAUUGAUACAGUGAUGCUACCACCAGAGGGCAGCAUCGUCGAUAUAGUUGCCGGUGCCACAGAGUUAUCCACCUUGUUGUCAAAAGUCAAAGCAGCAAACCUGGUAUCAGCUCUACAAGGAGAUGCUCUCACCGUAUUCGCACCAACAGAUGACGCAUUUGCACGUCUAGGAACAACAGUAUUGAACAACCUCGCCAAUGACCCCAAGCUUCUAAAAGAAAUUUUGGAAUACCAUGUUGUCCCACACACCGAGUACUCUGCCGGUCUAUAUAACAGAGAAUACGUGAGGACACUGGACACACGUCAUGACGUCAUCAGAAUAGGCGUAUCUGGCUCAUCAGUCUACGCGAACAACGCAAAAGUGACCAAGGCCGACAUUAACGCCAGUAAUGGAGUUGUCCACAUAAUUGAUCACGAGCACAUCAUGCUUCGUGUACUCUGUCUCGCUCUAGCCUUGCAGGCCGUACUAGGGGGCAACUUGGUACAGGUGUUACAGUCCGCAGGAGAGUCCACGCUGGUCAGCCUAGUACAGAAAGCAGGCCUAGCUGAUGCUUUAGGACAAGGAACUUUUACCAUUUUCGCUCCGACCAAUGCUGCCUUCGCUAAGCUGCCGGCAGAUCUUCUUGCCUCCCUCAGCAAUGACGUCAAUGCUCUCGCCAAUGUUUUGAAAUAUCACGUGGUUCAGGGAUCUAUCCGGAAACAGGACGCUUCCAACGAAGCCCAACUUGAUACAUUGGCUGGCAAAAAAAUCAGGCUCAACAUCUACAGUCAUAACAAUGAAGUUACAGUGGAAGGGUCCAAGAUAACUCACUUCGACCUUCGAGCGGACAAUGGAUACGUCCACAUCAUUGAUACAGUGAUGCUACCACCAGAGGGCAGCAUCGUCGAUAUCGUUGCCGCUUCCUCACAGUUAUCCACCUUGUUGUCAAAAGUCAAAUCUGCAAACCUAGUUUCAGCUCUGCAAGGAGAUGCUCUCACCGUAUUCGCACCAACAAAUGACGCAUUUGCACGUCUAGGAACACACGUAUUGCACAACCUCGCCAAUAACCCCACGCUUCUUAAAGAAAUUUUGGAAUACCAUGUUGUCCCACAUACCGAGUACUCUGCCGGUCUAUAUAACAGAGAGCACGUGAGGACACUGGACACACAUCAUGACGUCAUCAGACUAGGCGUAUCCGGCUCAACAGUCCACGUGAACAACGCACAAGUGGUUAAGGCCGACAUUAAUGCCAGUAACGGAGUUGUCCACAUAAUUGAUCACGUGCUUAUUCCACUGAGGUUCCUAGGAUCUGCAAUAUUUGGAAAGAAGUAACGGGAAGUAACGCUUCGUACUGGAAGUUUUUUCUUAAAAAAAAAUGAAUUAAAACAUAACCAUAUGAACUAUAUUGAAAUGUCUUUCUCCUAAACUACAACGCAUUUGUCGAUAAGCAGAAUAUUGUGGAUAUCUACAAAUGUAAUAAAUCUGUUUUGAUUAA